CCGGAAGAGCCUGCACGCGCUGUAUGACCUGAGAGAAGGUCUCACUCUCUGGCCUUGUGCGAAUUCUGCCCGGUGAGCGUGGCGGAGAAAUUUACCGGGCUGUGGUGACCGCUGAACACAGCAGUGCAGCGAUGUUUAAGUGCAAGACAGUAUGGAAUAAACUGGCUCCGCUGGUUCGGGCCUCAUCCACUCGGUGUGUGCAGAAUGCGAGGAGAUCAGUGCUGAGACAGGAGAGAAGGCUGGAGAUGGUGCAGAGGGCCAAGAUGUCAUCGGGGGCAACAGGAGGGGGUGGGGAGAACACCCUGUAUUAUGUGCUGGUUGGAGCAACAUGUUUGGGGACGGGAGUUUAUGCUUACCGUACUAUCUCAGGGGACAAGGAAAGGUAUAAUGAGCGUAUGAUUGAAAUCGCCAGCAGACCAAAACAAGAGCCACAAGCAGCUGAGGCUGUUGCUAAAGUUGUGGCAGAAUCAAAAGAAGUACAUGCUAAAGUACCGGUGAAAUCCAUCCCUGCAGAAUCUCCAGAGUCAGCCAAGAGUGUGGAAUUAGAGCCAGUUACUGAAGCUCCUACAAUGAAACCCGAAGAACCUGCUGAAACAGAACCUUCCAUAACAGAGCCCAUUGUGGAUUCCGCUGUACCUGAACCUGUUGUAGAAGCCCCCAUACAAGAGCCCGUUGCUGAAGUCCACGUAACGGAACCUGUUGUUGAAGCCAUUGUAACAGAACCUGUCAUGGAAAUCCCUGUAAUGGAACCCGUCAUUGAAGCUUCAGCUGUUAUACAUAAUGAAGAUGUCUUAGCUCCUGUCAUUGAGAGUGAGCCGACACCUGUAACCAUUGCUGAGCAUGUGCCAGAGGUUCCACCUGUUUCUGAGCUUGCUGCAGCUCCUGAACCUGCUCCUGCUGCUGUGCCCCUUGAACCGACCGCUGCGUCCUCUGAAGUCCCUGAACACACCCCCUACCUGCUGAUUGGUGGAGGCACGGCUUCAUUCGCUGCAGCUAGGUCUAUUCGGGCACGUGACCCUGGCGCCAGGGUAUUGAUUAUUACAGAGGAGUCUGACCUGCCCUACAUGAGACCUCCUCUCUCUAAAGAACUCUGGUUCUCUGAUGACCCUAAGAUCACUGAAACACUGCGCUUCAAACAAUGGAACGGCAAAGAGAGAAGUAUUUACUUCCAGCCUCCCUCAUUCUAUGUCAGUCCCAUGGAUCUUAAUAAAGUGGAGAAUGGGGGUGUGGCUGUGCUCACAGGCCGUAAGGUGGUUCACAUGGAUGUCAGAGGAAAUAAAGUCAAACUGAGUGAUGGUGCAGAGAUCUCCUAUGAAAAGUGCCUGAUUGCUACAGGUGGUGUUCCCAGGAAUCUUCAAGUAAUUGAAAGGGCCGGAGAGGAGGUGAUGAAGAGGACAACCCUCUUUAGGAAUAUUGAAGAUUUUAGAUCUCUAGAGAAGAUCUCCAGAGAGGUGAAGUCCUUAACUAUCAUCGGUGGUGGGUUUCUGGGCAGCGAGCUGGCAUGUGCUAUGGGUCACAGAUCCACUGACCUUGGUUUAGAGGUGGUCCAGCUGUUUCCAGAGAAGGGGAACAUGGGAAAAGUUCUGCCUGAAUACCUGAGUAAUUGGACCACUGAGAAAGUCAGGAAAGAGGGUGUGUAUGUAAUCACGGAAGCAGUAGUGAAAAAUGUGAGCUACAAAAAUGGCAAAUUGGAGAUCAGACUGAAGGAUGGACGACUGGUGAAGACAGACCACAUUGUGGCAGCAGUUGGUUUGGAGCCCAGUGUGGAACUGGCCAAAUCAGGCGGGCUGGAGGUAGACUCUGAUUUCGGAGGGUACCGGGUUAAUGCUGAGCUCCAGGCUCGAGCCAAUAUCUGGGUGGCAGGAGAUGCUGCAUGUUUCUAUGACAUUAGGCUGGGCCGCAGGCGUGUGGAACAUCAUGAUCAUGCUGUGGUCAGCGGCAGGCUGGCCGGAGAGAACAUGACCGGAGCCAGCAAACCUUAUUGGCACCAAUCCAUGUUCUGGAGUGAUUUGGGGCCAGAUGUAGGGUAUGAAGCCAUCGGUAUUGUGGACAGCAGUCUACCCACUGUCGGAGUAUUUGCCAAAGCCACUGCCAAGGACACACCAAAAGCUGCAACAGAGGAAUCCGGGACUGGAAUCCGCUCUGAGAGUGAGACGGAGGCAGUUGCCGGGGCGGUAGAGGCAGGAACAGCGGCUCCUCCCCCUCCUGUCCAGCAGAAGGAGGAUUAUGGGAAGGGAGUGAUAUUCUACCUGAGGGACAAAGUGGUGGUCGGUAUCGUCCUGUGGAAUGUCUUCAACAGAAUGCCCAUUGCAAGGAAGAUAAUCAAAGAUGGAGAGGAGCAUGCAGAUCUGAAUGAGGUUGCCAAGCUUUUCAACAUCCAUGAAGAGUGAACAUCAAUCAAUCAAUCAAUCACAUUUUCUCUGUCGAUUUUGUCAAGGGCACUCUGCCCACAUCUAUGUGAAGUGAACUUGGGAAAUAACACAAAUAAGCACACACAGAACAAACACACAGGCUUACACCAGCCUGGCAUCUGCUAUUUUGGCCUUGAACUCUCUUGAGACCAGGACAUGCAUUGCUGCCUCUGAGCCGCAAGGUGGCGCUUUGAUUCAUUGUGACCAUGGACUUGCUAAAACAGUACUGUCUAUCUUCUUUUGAGGGAAAUUUAUACCUGUUGUUUGUAUUUUAUGAUUCUCUGUAGGUUUAUUUUUCCCCUCUUGUGGUCUGUAAAUGUUCAUCUUCCUGAAUGCAGCCCAGAACGCACCCUCCAAAGCCCCAAAACCACACAUGAGAGCUCCACUUUCAUUGAGUAUUUUAGUAGUUGCAUUAGAAACAAACAAAAUCAGAUGAUAAACAAAUCCUUCUGGCACCUGCUUCCACAAUAUUUUUGUCUGAAAGAUCAAAUUCGCUAAUUCAAAAGAAAAAGUUAAUAAAAGUAAAUUAUUUUUAAGCAUGUCUUUCAGUCCUUCCUAAUUUUAAGUUUAUAAAAAACUAACAAUUGCCAACUAACGAUUACAAUAUAUAGUGAUUACUUGAAUAUUUCAGAGGGUAAACUUAGCAACCCUCUAAUGUGUGUGAAUGCUUAUAUGCCCAAAAUGGGUGUCACCCUGAGGCUUUUGAGAUGCGUAAUGAAGAUGCAAUAUGCUCAUUACACCUGUGAUUGCCUGCAAACACGUUGCCUAACACAGACUUGACCUAUUUCUUUAUGCAUUAGCACUCUGAUUUACAGGCCAGAGUAAGAGGAAAAUUACUAAUUGUGUGACAGUUCUACACAGUCAGUGAUAGCUAUGGGAAGAAAGGAAUGGAGCCUUCUUCAAUUUUGGCAUAUAAUGAAAAAUUGUGAUGUGUCAGAAUAAGAUAUUAUUUCUGCUCUUU